GGCAUGCGUGCAGGCAGGAGGGGGGGAAGCGCAUCCUCUCACAGAUCUGAUCUGCCGGAAACAUGAUCAUCGAGGGAACGUGAACGCAUUCCUGGGCUCCGGUCAGACGGUUCGACAGCUUUUGUUGCGGACGGUGUGCGUUAUUCUCUCCGAAGGACGCCGGAGGAGAGACGGCCGUCGGUCGGUGCGGACCGACCGAGAGAUCCGACAUCAUCACCGCCGCAUCGUGUGAGACGAGGUCAUCGCAGCACUACGAGCUAAGGAAGAAAAAGCAUGCAGGUCACCAUGAUUGGAUACUACAUUGUCAUUCCUGGACUCGGUCAAGAUGGACUGUAGUAAAUGUGGGUUAGUGGAGCAAAAACACGCUCCCUGCAUGCGGCCACCGAUACAAUGCUUGUGUUUCUGGUUGGGGUCACCACUGCCGUGAAUAAUUCAACUCAUGAGAAUCAAACUGCAGAAAACCCCGCCCACCAGGGUGCACACGUGCUGCCCUCCACACUGGUCAUAUCCCUGCUUCUCAUCAUCAUCGUCCUGCUGACAAUCUACUGUCUACGGUUCAAAAACCACAGGAAAGCUAUCACUACGUCGGUGGAUAAGAAGAUACCAAAUGGCUUCUUAGAGGAACAAGGAGAGCAAACGGUGGUCCUCCUCCCCAGAUCUCCCUCGCCAUCCAAGAGGUACUUCCCCAUCCCUCUGGACUCGCUGGAGGAGGAGUACCGGAUACGCUCCGCUGACGAUGGCAAGCUCUUCAGAGAGGAGUUCAAUUCACUGCCGUGUUACUCUCACCAUGGGUCCUUUGAGGAGGCGAGCAGAGAGCACAACAGAGAGAAAAACAGAUACCCAAACAUUUUACCAUAUGAUCAUUCCAGGGUGGCGCUAAGUCAUCUUGAUGGACAUAUUUGUUCAGACUACAUAAAUGCAUCUUACAUAGAUGGGUAUAAAGAGAAGAACAAAUUCAUUGCAGCUCAAGGCCCAAAGCUUGAGACGGUGGCCGACUUUUGGCGGAUGAUUUGGGAACAGAAAACUGCCACGAUAGUAAUGCUGACAAAUCUGAAAGAAAGGAAGGAGGAUAAAUGUUACCAGUACUGGCCAGAAAUAGGCUGCUGGAUGCACGGAAAUAUACGAGUGACCCCGGAGGACGUCACUGUGCUGGUGGACUACACCAUCAGGAAAUUCUGUCUGCAAUACCAAGGCAGCGAUGGGCCCCGCGCUCCUCGGUUGGUCACCCAGCUCCACUUUACCAGCUGGCCAGACUUCGGGGUGCCGUUCACACCUAUCGGCAUGCUGAAAUUCCUCAAGAAAGUCAAGACGGUCAAUCCAUCCUACGCUGGACCUAUUGUUGUGCACUGCAGUGCCGGAGUUGGGAGGACCGGGACGUUCAUCGUCAUCGACAGCAUGAUCGACAUGAUGCACACGGAGCAGCGACUGGAUGUCUUUGGCUUUGUGAGCAGAAUACGAGAGCAGCGCUGUCAACUUAUCCAAACAGAUAUGCAGUACUCCUUCAUCUACCAGGCUCUGUUGGAGUACUAUCUGUAUGGAGACACAGAGCUAGAUGUGUGCUCCCUGGAGGGUCAUCUGCAAAGGCUGCACAACACCAGGGCUCCCCACGACAGGCUGGGCCUGGAGGAGGAGUUCAGGAAGCUAACCAGCGUUCGCAUCAUGAAGGAGAACAUGAGGACUGGGAACCUUCCUGCUAACAUGAGGAAAAACCGUGUGCUUCAGAUCAUUCCCUAUGAUUUCAACCGGGUAAUACUCUCUGUGAAAAGAGGGCAGGAGUUCACCGACUACGUCAAUGCCUCCUUUAUUGAUGGCUACAGGCAGAAGGACUAUUUUAUCGCAACCCAGGGCCCCCUGUCUCACACAGUGGAGGACUUCUGGAGGAUGGUGUGGGAGUGGAGGUGUCAUUCAAUCGUUAUGCUUACCGAACUCAAAGAGCGAGAGCAGGAAAAGUGUUUCCAGUAUUGGCCAUCAGAGGGCAGUGUAACAUUUGGAGAUUAUACCUUGGAGCUGACUGGAGACACACAGGGUGAAACCUUCACUCGCAGAGACAUGGUCCUCACCUACAAACCAGAAAAGCAGUCACAACACGUCCGCCACUUUCACUUCCACGGAUGGCCUGAGAUCGGAAUACCAACAGAAGGAAGGGGGAUGAUUGACAUCAUUGCCGCUGUGCAGAGGCAGCAGCAGCAGUCUGGAAACCGUCCCAUAAUUGUGCACUGCAGUGCCGGAGCGGGGCGGACCGGAACCUUCAUCGCACUCAGCAACAUUCUCGAGAGAGUGAAAGCUGAAGGCCUCCUGGACGUUUUUCAGACCGUCAAGAGUUUGCGUAUGCAGAGACCACACAUGGUUCAAACUGUGGAGCAAUACGACUUCUGCUACAGAGUGGUCCAGGAUUUUAUUGACAUUUUCUCAGACUACGCCAAUUUCAAAUAAAACCUGUCAGAUCAUUUUCUGUCUCCAUCAGUCAAAUUAAAGUAUGCAAUUUUUUUGUGAAUGUUGUUUUCUAAAGCUUUUUACAUUUUGCACUUGAGUACAGAAUUAGAAAAAAAUGAACAUACUGCAAUAUGAUUGAUAUAAGACAUCUGUGAUGACACAAGACAGCCUAUCUUUGUCAAGAAUGUCAAUAUAUAUACAGUAUAUAUAUAUAUGUAUGUAAUGUGCAGUAUUUUAUAAGACAUGAGAACAAUACCUUUUACGGGCUUCAACUGGAUGUUUCCCAAGCAACACCAUAUUAACUUUUAGUGGAGAAAUUGAUGUAUGUGUUUGAGAAAAGGAUAAAAUGGUGAAUUCUUUUAACUCAAAUAAUUGUCUUGUUUGAGGUGUAAAUAAUAUUUAUGAUGUACGUUUGGUUUGAACAGAAACAUAAAAUUUCAUACACAUCUCUGUUAGAUGCUGUAAAUUACCUCACUUCUGUCUGGGAAUAACCUAACAGCUGCUGCCUGUUACAAUUUUAUUCAACCUCACUAACUUACUUUUUUGCCUGUGGCAAUAUUACUUAGUGGAUUGGUGCCUGACUUGGCAAAAUGCAAUUAGCCCACAUUGGAACAGGCAGAAAAUAAUGUAUUAUUUCAUGAAUUCAAAUGUAUCAUUGCAGCCAAGCAUCACAUUUCGCGUGGGAAAAAAAAAAGAAAAAAGAUUUUAUAUACUUUAACAAGCAAACUUUACACUUGCAUGUUUGUAUAAAGCAGUGCCAUAUCGAUUAGACGGGAUUCUAAUCAUGACAACUUGUCACAAAGUGACACAAUUUUAAUGAUGAUAAGCCAGUUGUUUACUGUAUGUUUAAUUUAGAUAUAGCAGUUACAUUUGAAAAGGUGUGUUGCUUAUAUAUAGUGGUUUCAUGUGUGGAUCAUCAGUUGUACAAACACUUUAAAGAAUACAAUAUAAAUGUACCUUAAUUUUAGUUAUUUCCAAUAAGUAUUAGAAAUCAAAAGAAGAAGAAAAAGAAGCAUUUUAGGAAUGUGUGUUAAGGUGGUAUUGUUGAUCCAGAGGCCAGUGCUCAGCCAACCAUAUGAGUCACACACAGACUGAUGAAAGCCACAGAGCGGACUCAUAUCUAAACCCCAGUAUUGCUGCAAAAACAAAUCCAUAUAUUUUUGCAAGGCUUCUGCUUAUUUUUUUGUGAAGCAUGAAGCAUAGCAGUUUAGAUUUAAGGUGAAAAGCAUACAUACAGUGCUUGUACCUCCAUUACAUUUAUUAAAUUAGUUAAUACUGGAACAGUGGUCUUUUUGUCUUUUCUUUUUUGGUACAUGAAUAACUGUUGUAGUCAUUCAUCAUCACUAACUACUGUGUUCACUUUAAUCAACUAUUGUACUGAAGGAAUAACAAAUAAGGGCAAUGACAUCAAGGCCUUGCAGUUCAUGUAACAAAUGCACAAGCAUCUUGUCUCAGUGAUGUUUCUGCCUUUUGUAACUCUGCCAAUUUGAAGAACUAUUUGUUUGCUAAAAGCAGAAUACAAUAAAUUAUAAA